GUUUGACCCGGCAGCUGAUGACGUGUGUACGUCCGUGUGACGCCGCAGAGACCCGCCGGUCGCUCCGUUCUUUCUCUCACAGCCUCUGGGGGGCGACAGCAGAAGAGAGGAAACAUGUCAGACGAGGAGGACUUGGCUCCGGCCGUCAAGAAGAGUCGUGUUUUCUAUGGAAGCCUGGAAGAAAAAGAGCGCGAGCGUCUGAGCUCAGAGACGGCCAAAGGAAGUGAUGCAGUGAAGGCUGGGAUCGAGGCGGGAAACAUCAACAUCUCGUCAGGAGAGACUCUGGACCUGGAGGAGCGGGUCAGCGAGCGGCAGCAGGAAGCGCUUGCUGCAUUCGAGCGGCGGCGGCGAGCACGACAGAUCACCGUCUCCACCGACGAUGCCGAGGUGAAGGCCGGCCUCCGAGCGCUCGGAGAGCCAAUCACGUUGUUUGGAGAAGGACCAGCUGACCGCCGGGAGAGGCUGCGCAGUGUUCUGUCUGUCGUCGGUCCCGACGCUCUGAAAAAGUCCAGGAGAGACGAAGAGAGAGCCAAGAGAUCACAGGACGAGUGCCAGCAGACAUGGUACCACGAAGGCUCUGCCUCCCUGAAGGACGCUCGCCUCUGGUUGGCCAAAUACUCUCUGCCACGGGCAAUGAGGCGUCUGGAGGCCGCACGCUGUCAAAAGGAUGUUCCCGAGGCAACCAGGGCAAUCCGGCAACAAGAGCUGCACAAGAGCCUCAGGAAUCUCAACAACUUCUGCAGUCAGAUUGGUGAUGAUCGACCAAUCAGCUUCUGCCACUUCAGCCCCGACUCCAAAAUGCUGGCCACCGCCUCCUGGAGCGGUCUGUGUAAGCUGUGGUCCAUCCCUGACUGCAACCUGAUUCGUACACUCAGAGGACACAACACCAAUGUGGGUGCAGUCGUAUUCCGCCCGCAGGCCGGAGUCUCUCUCGACCAAUCAGAUGUCAGCUUGGCCUCUUGCGCUGCCGAUGGGUCUGUAAAGCUGUGGAACCUCGAGAGUGACGAGCCGGUGGCAGACAUCGAGGGUCACAAUGAGCGUGUGUCACGUGUAUCCUGGCAUCCUUCAGGAAGGUUCCUAGGAACGACCAGUUAUGAUAACUCGUGGCGUCUGUGGGAUCUGGAGGUUCAGGAGGAAAUCCUCCACCAAGAAGGUCACAGCAAAGGAGUCCACGACCUCCACUUCCACCCUGACGGCUCUCUGGCUGCUACUGGUUUGUGGCUUCUCAGGUAUCACCUGGCGACAGGAAGUGGUGAUAACACCUGUAAGGUUUGGGAGCUGAGGAACAGGAAGUGUCUGUACACAGUCCCCGCCCAUCAGAACCUGCUGUCGGCUGUCCGAUUCCAACCCACGGAUGGUCACUUCCUGUUGACUGGAGCGUAUGACAACACAGCCAAGGUUUGGAGUCAUCCGGGCUGGACGCCACUGAAGACGCUCGCCGGGCACGAGGGGAAGGUAAUGGGCGUCGACGUGUCACCCGACGGAAAACUGAUCGCAACCAGCUCCUAUGACCGAACCUUCAAACUCUGGCUGUCUGAGUGAUGUCAUGAUGAUGUCAGGACUGAUGUCAUGGCAGCAACACAACACAUGACAGAAAGUUUUUGUUUUGUUUUUGUUUUGUUUUUUGAAAUAAAGGAAAGACUUCA